CCUUAUGCCCUCAUAGAAUUGGAACAUUCUCUUCUGUGUGGUUUCUGCAAAUUUUUCUGAGACGGCAAUGGCGGAUUCUUCAAGCAACUCAAAGGAGCAGAAGACGCGGGUAUACCAUCCUUACCAAGAUCUCAACGUUCCGAUCCAGAAGCUCUACAACCUGCCCACCGCGCCGGAGCACCUCUUCCCGGAAGAAGCCGCCAGGACCCACCGCUCCUGGGGCGAGAACCUCCAGUACUACACUGGCUGUGGCUACCUCUCCGGCGCCAUCAUCGGCGGCGCCAAGGGGACCUUCCAAGGUCUCAGGGAUGCUGAGUCUGGCGACUCGGCGAAGCUCCGGAUCAACCGAGUUCUGAACUCGGGGGGUCAGAGUGGUCGCAAGCUUGCGAACUCGCUCGGCGUGCUAGGGUUGAUCUUUUCGGGCCUCGAGACCGGGAUGAUCUACUUCAGGGGCAGGGAUGACUUGGUCAACAGCGCUGUCGCCGGACUUGGCACCGGAGCGCUCUACAGGGCGGCGGCGGGGCCGCGAUCUGCUGCUAUUGCAGGUGCCAUCGGCGGAAUUGCGGCGGCGGUGGCAGUUUCCGGGAAGCAAGCUUUGAAAAGAUAUGUUCCGAUAUAACAAACAAUUAGGUUAAUAUGAAUGGGAAUUUUUUUUCUGUUGUUACUUUUAGUUGUUGGCUUGUUGCUAAUAUAAAUUCAUGUACUAGAUUCAUGGCAUGAAUUAAAUGUUUUUGUUGUCCUGUUGUUUCUGCUCUCAACGUAUUCGUUGAAAGGAUC